AUAUUAUAAGAGUAGUUAUAGAUUAGCGAACGUGUCAAACGCUCGUGCUAAAACAAGCGUGGUUUAAGACUGACUUUUAUAGACAUAGAUGUAGUGUUGUGUGAAAAUGGGUUUUAAGUUGCUGUAUUUUGUAUCUGUGAUAGCGGCUGUAUCAGCACAAAGCUAUCGUGUUUGUAUAUCUUCAUCGAAUCCAAUAUUAUGUCAGACUUUGGACAGAGAUGGCAGCCAGGCGAUUUGCGAGCCUGUGGAAUCCAGAGUCGAUUGUGCCAUAAAAAUAGCGCGUGGUGAUGCCCACCUCGGUGUGUUCUCUGAAGAGGAGAUGGUGCUGCUGUCGCAAGCGCAGCCGGAGGGCAGCAGAGUGGUUGCCUCUAUACGAGAUAUUUCUAGGAACGAGCCAUACGCAUUCGAAGCGGUGGCCAUAGUGCCAGUGACCCAUUCAGGUGGUCUGGAGGGUCUGCGUGGGGGCAGCUACUGCCACCCGGGGCUGGAUGAACCGGAUCUCAGGUGGUCUCCCAGGGUGCUAAAGGGUCUGGAGAGAGCUGCGGCACGCACAGACCGCUGCCCGAACACAGACACAAAUGGAAAAACGGCAGAAGAACUAGAAGUAGAUACGCUCAGUCAGUUCUUUGGUAGUGCUUGCCGGCCUGGGCCUUGGAGCGCGAAUGUAUCUGUUGAUACUGAUCUGAAGUCCCGCUACCAAUCCCUCUGCUCGCUAUGCGGCGAUCGGUCGGGCUGCGCGAGCUAUUCCAUCGAUAUGGGCGUAGCCAUUGCGGGUGUGCGCAAUGACAACAGACACAUACAAGCGUUGGAGUGUCUGCGCAGGAGUAACGGAACGUCUGUCGCGUAUGUCGCGUGGCAGCAUGUUCGAGAGUUCUUUAGUAUCCGCAACCCCGACAUAGCAGCAUCAUACGCAGCGCUAUGCCCGGACGGCACGCUGAGCGCGCUGUCGGGCGCCGCGCUCGCCGCGCCCGCCGCGCCCUGCGCCUUCGUGCGCCAGCCCUGGAGCGCGCUCGUCGCUAACACUGAAAAAGCACUAGAGAUCCAAAGCAACCUUCGCAAUUGGUGGCCGGGUGGUGCAAGCCCGAGCGGCAAUGGUUGGCAAUCUGUGUUGUUCAGCGCCAUCGUGGGGGGAUCGAAUGCGAGGGUCAACUAUGAGGAUGGGUUGCCUACACCCGCUAAUUAUUCCAAUAAUUUACGCAAUCUCCCCUCAAUCGACGCGUCUCCAAGCUGUGUCCCAGCCCGUCGCUGGUGCACAGUCUCUCCACAAGAACACACCAAAUGCAAUUGGUUGCAACUGGCCGCUUACACGCUGGGCAUCGAACCCGCACUAUCCUGUCAGCAACGGACCAAUGUGUUCCAGUGCUUGGCUGAUAUUAGAGAUAAUACAGCUGAUUUUAUCGCUACGCCUGCUAAUUAUGGAUAUUUGGCGAGACAACACUACAGCCUCUCAUCAGUGAAGCUGGUACAAAACUCUCGCAGCGAUCCGUUCGCGUUCAGUCGUGUCGCAGCACUCGUCAAGGAGACAAGUGCGCAGAGCAAUAAUAUCACGAGAUUCGAGAAUCUGCGCGGAAAGAACGCUUGCUUCCCGGAGUUUGGGGGGAUUUCAUUCGUAUCAUUCCUCCGCACGGCUCACGAGCGCGAAGUGAUCAGUUCCUCUGAAUGUGACUACGGUCGAGCAGUUGGAGAGUUCUUCAGCAGUUCCUGUGCGCCUGGUGCAAUGGAUGCGUCACAUGCGAUGGAUAAGAGUAACUUCGACGCAACACCACUGUGCUCUCUGUGCAAGCCAAGCAUCACUAUUGUUGGCAACUUUUCACAAAAUCAAGAAUGUUCGUUCGACAACAGCAACAAGUACUACGGCAACAACGGUUCCGUCGCGUGUCUCGCUGACCCGGAGAGCGAUGUGGCGUUCGUUGAUCUGGCUAAUAUUAAUGCCAAUCUCAACGCCGCGAACCUAGCGGAGUACCAAGUUCGAGUCCUGUGCAGGAACAACUCUCUCGCUGCGUACACCGGAGUUAAUGUCGAUCAGAACUGCUUGCUGGCUUAUGUCGUUGAUUCUGAAGUUUUGGCAAGGAGAAACGACCCUCUCCUCAACAGCCUGAACGCACUCCUUGACACUUUAGACGCACACUUCGGCUACAACGCGGCAACUUCCGCGCAACUCAUCAACAUGGAAAUGUAUUCACCGUUCGACGAGGUCAACGACCUCCUGUUCAAGAACACAGCUGUUGGUCUCGCAGAGCCAUCUAGUGACACUGCGAACGAAGCUGCUAGGAAUUAUAACGAUUUGUUCAAACAUUUGGAGUCGUGUACUUCAGCUGCGUCGUCUAGAAGCUUCUUUGCUUACGUCACACUAGUUGUAAUGGCGGUUGUCACGAGAUUUGUAAUUUAUUAAGUAAAAUGAAUUACUUGUUUAAUAAAUGCAUAAGUAGUUAAAUAAAUAAAGAAUUUGUCGACUUUCGUUAAAUACAGAUAAAAUGU